GGCGCGUAACGCACUGUGCACAGAUGAUGUUAGAUCGCACGUUGAGGACAUAUCGCACUAAGACGCACAUUGAACAUAACGUUAUUGGAUGCCGCUCGAGGUAGAGAAUAUUGAUUGACUUAAUUACAAAAAUUUGAAAAAGAAAUAUACUGAGUCACGAUUGUGUACCUGGUGCCAAGUUGAAAUCGGACCUAACUACAGAAACAUAUUGAGUAAAAACGUUUGCCUGAAACGGCACCGAUUUGGAUAUUAUAUGUGACAUUGUAUUUAAAUUUUCUGUUAGAUAGAACAGAGGAAAACAUUUUGUCGUCAAACUGAACGUGCCUUUUGCCGGGAAUUUAUAAAAAAACAACAAUUUACAGAUUUGGUGACAGCUAUUGUUUCCUCAAAUGGCUACACGUAAGGACUCUGGCAAAGACAAGCGUGGAUUAGAGAAUGAAAUUCGCGAGUUGUUCCGACUGUUCGACACAAACAACGACCGCUCCAUCUCCAGCCAGGAGCUCGGCAAGGCCAUGAGGUUCCUGGGUAUGACUCCCACAGAACAACAGGUCACCGAUGCCAUGAGAACACUGGAUGUUGAUCGAAGCGGAAGAAUAGAGUUCCGGGAGUUUCACGCCUUCAUGCAGAAAGAAAUCGAUAAAAUCAAUGACAGUUCAUUCGCAAACAACGGCGAAACUGUCCGAUCAGCAUUUCGAACAUUUGACAGAGAUGGUAAUGGCUACAUUGAUCAGAAAGAAUUGAGAGUAGCGAUGAAAAAUCUUGGAGAGGCCCUAACGGACAAGGAACUAGACGAUAUGAUGAGACAGGCGGAUAUAGACGGAGACGGCAAAAUAAACUACGAAGAAUUUGUGAAGAUUUGGUGUGAGGCAACGUAAAUGGUUAUUUUCAGUGCGCAAUAUUAUUAUCCUAGACUGUUUGAUAAACAUUUUCAAUAUAUUUGAUUAUAAAAUGUGCAUGCUAUAUUUUGAUAUUUACACACGUUAAACAAUGCUCAUUCAAAGAAUUAUUUUAGACUCAUAAUUGAAUACGUUAAUAAAAAUAUAUUAUGUAUACACAAUAAACAUUGUCAUAUCAA